AUGGUUACUGAACUUGUGGAGGGCGACUCGUCUAGGAAAAUUGUUGAGAUAAUAUGCCGGUCAAGCUGGCUAAAGUCUGAGAGUCAUUGUGGUCGAAUUGAGAGGGUUUUCAAAGUCCACAACAUGCAAAAAACUCUUGCCCGAUUUGAAGAAUAUAGGGAAAUGGUGAAGAUCAAAGCCAGCAAACUCGCCAAGAAACACUCUCGCUGCCUCGCAGACGGGAACGAACUUCUGAGGUUCUACGGCACAACUGUGGCGUGCUCUCUUGGUAUGAAUGGAUGCUCCAGUCUAUGUGUAUCCGACAAAUGCUGCGUUUGUCGAAUUAUCAGAAAUGGGUUUUCCACAAGGAAGGAACUUAAGGGUGGCAUAGGUGUUUUCACAACUUCCACAAGUGGAAGAGCUUUUGAAUCUAUAGAAAUACAUGAAGAUGAUCCAUCCAUUAGAAAAGCUCUAAUAGUCUGCAGAGUUAUAGCAGGGAGGGUCCAUAGGCCUCUGGAGAACAUACAAGAAAUGGCCGGCCAGACAGGGUUCGAUUCAUUGGCUGGGAAAGUUGGUCUGCAUUCAAAUGUUGAGGAGCUUUAUCUGCUCAAUCCCAGAGCUCUGCUUCCCUGCUUUGUGGUAAUCUGCAAAUCCUAAGAAAACAAUCCAAAAAUGCUUAAAUUGGUAUGGAGAAGAUUUUGUUUCUGAUAAAAGGCCUUUUCUUAAUUUUUUGAAGGAGUUUUGAUACUUCUAGUCACUUGCCCAUAGAUCAAAAUUUGUGCUUGUAUCUGCCGUUCCAAAAGUUUGCAUCUGUCUCUGUCAUGGUGUGUAAUGUGUUUCUUCCUAUCUUAUGACAUGUCUAGUUUAU